CCUGCGACGAGGUAAAACACAUGCGAAAAGCUCAGAGAAAUGUGUUUCCACAUGAAUUAGUGGGAACAUGGCGCCAAUACAACAAGAAUCAGAGAUCCAGUUCGCUCAAAGAUUGGCAUCUAACGAGAAGCCCAUGCGGACAAAGGCCAUCAAGAAGCUAAGAAAGUAUAUCAGUGUUAGGUCACAGAAAAUCAACGGUGGUUUCACAGGCGACGAAUUACUUAAACUAUGGAAGGGCCUCUUUUAUUGCCUGUGGAUGCAGGACAAGCCACUUCUUCAGGAGGAGUUGUCGAAUCAGAUAUCUGGCCUGAUGCAUAACUUUCAGAACGUCCAGAGUAUGUUUUUGUUUCUGGAGACUUUCCUGCAGACCAUCAAAAGAGAAUGGACUGGCAUUGACAGGCUUCGCAUGGAUAAGUUUUUCCAGCUGGUUCGUUUCGUGUUCAGGAACUCUUUUGAAAUGAUGAAGAGGAAAGAAUGGGAGACCAGUGUGGUGACCAGGUUUUUGGAGCUCCUGACUGCUCAGGUCCUCCAUAGCACCAGCGGAGACCCUUGUGGGUUGCAGUUUCACAUACUGGACCUCUACAUGACAGAGCUGGCUGCAGUUGGCUCAGCUGAGCUCACAGCGGCUCAGAACCUGACGUUUAUCGACCCGUUCUGCAAAACAGCAUCCAAAACCAAAGAUCGGAUCCUGCUCAAGGCUAUUUGCGGCAGCAUCUUCAGUGCCAUCGUGGACCAGGCUCCCUUCGCCAUUGAAGACCUGCUGAAGGAGGUGAAUGCUACAGGUGGAGGGUCUGAGGAGUCUGACUCGGGACAGGCUUCUGAAGAGGAGGAAGAGAAAAAGGAGCCUCCCAAGGGCAAAAAAGCUGCUAAGAAAUCCACCAUGAAAACCAUUGGAAAGCAGACCAACUGCACCGCAUCAACUGAGGAAGAUGAAGGUAGUCUGGAGGAGGGGAUCGGACCUGUUCUCCAAUUUGACUACUCUGCCCUGGCGGACAGGCUGUUUGGGCUAGCCAGCCGUAGCAACACCCCCAGCCACAACAGACAGAGACUCUACAAAGUCAUCAAGACUCUCCGGGACCUCAGUGACGGAGUCUUCCCACAGGACGAGUACCCAGAGGAAGUGUCAACGGAUGAGGAUGACGAUGAAAUGUUUGGCAGCAGAAAGAGGAUGAAUAGGGGAACAGCCCUGGAGGAGGAAGAGAGUUCACCAGCCAAGAAAUGUAAAGGCAAGAAAAACGACUCAAAACCAGGGAAGUCAGGCCAGCGUGCAGCAUCGGACAAGAGCAAACCAGCAAAGACACCCGGUGACACCACCACGCGGAAGAAGAGGAGCAUGGGAGAAGUGAAGAGUGGCGAGCAGAACCGGGUGGCGGAGGAGUCGGAAGUGAAGGCUGAGGCGGACACAACUCCUCCUACAACAGAGAGCAAAACGACAGACGCUAAGAAGGCAGCACCUACAGAAGCAAAGACUGAGCUCUCUGCCCCAAUAGACUCUGUAGAGGCGAGGGUAAAGAAGAAAACAUCUACCCCAGCCGAGCGCACCGAUGUUGGGGAGAAGCAAGAGGCUGUCCUGGAGGAGGACGCCUCUCCUAUGAAGGUCACUGAUACUCCCUCAGAGGUAACUGCCAUGGAGACAGAGGUCCAAUCAGAAACUCCACAGGAUAUAGUGGUGGGGAGCCUAUCAUCUGUCAUGGAGAUUGGACAGAAGACCCAUUGCGAGACACCAGUACCAGACAGCACGAAGACCAAGAAGUCUAAAACGCCUGUACAGGAGGAGGAGAAAGCGGUAGCAGAACCAGAGACUAAUACAGAUGUGCCGGAGGCUAGUGUGAAAGCCACGGAGACAGAAGACCAGGCUGCUCCAGCUACCCAUGACGGAGAGGCUGCAGAGGGGGCUACAGAGCCAGAGAGCGUCCCUGAGACUGCUACUACCAGCACAACCAAGAGGAAGGGCAGGAGGAGGAGCACCAAGCAGGACCCUGAGGAACAGACAACCGUAGAGGAGGUUGAGACGAAGCCAGAUGCUGUAUAAGAGAUCAUGGACACCCCACUUAAGAAGAAUAGGAGGAAGAAGGCUGAAUGGAGUGCUGAGAGCACAAAGGAAGAGGUCGCUGAAACAGACUCAGCACCGGUUGACACGACACCAGCAGGCCCUAAACCACUGGCCACUCCAGCUGAGGAGCCUCCAGCUGACGUCCGCAUCGCCACCACUUCCCUGAAAAAGAAGAAACUUAAGGCGGCCAAGUCUGAAGAGGAGAGUGUGGAGGUUGAGGGUGAAAUGCAGCCAGAAACUGAAGCGGACGUCCUACUUGUAGCCGCUGAGACGGUGCCAGCAGAAGUCGCUACACCAACCGUGCUCAAAAAGAAGAUGGCUGAAGAACAGAGCGUGGGGGCCGAGGUUAAAACAAAGACUGCGGCAGACUCAAACCGUACACUUGUAGACGCUGAGGCGGAGCUGGUAGAGGUUUCCACACCAGCUCCCCUCAAGAAGAAGAAAAAGAAGGCAGCACUGGUAUCUGAGGAGCAGGAGCCAGACAUCACGGCAGUGGAGGAGAGCAUUGCAGAGGAGCAGCCCACAAAGGUUGACCUGGAGACUCCCGUGAAGAAGAGGAAGAUCCCGGUAGUGAUAGAGGUCGAGGCUGAGGAGCUGGAGGCUGAGGCAGAGGCUGCUAGAGUCAACGACAGCGAAGAGCCAUCCACACCGGUGAACGCCAAGAAAACAAAAAAGAUGAUGCCCAAGAAGGGUAAGGGAGGGGAGGAGUCUGACUUCAUUACGUUCCAGAGCCAUGCCACCAUCCCUACACCCAUCUUCUUCAAUAGAGCCAAGGGAAGCCCCAGCACAUCGUUGUCCAGCAAGAAGAAGUGUCCGACUCCAGAAUCUGAAUCCAAGAAGGUUACCUUCGGACUUAACAAAAACAGAACUGCAGAAUUUAGGAAGACCGAUCGCAGCCUGCUGGUGAGUCCAGAGGGGUCGUCCAGAGUGCCAUUUGACCCCCAGCAGAAACCCCUGUUCGGAGUGCUGUCCCCAGUGGCCUCUCUUACCAACAGCACCAAGAAGAAGACCAAGAGCACCCCGAAAGCCACCCCCAAACGCCCUACCGCUGCUGACUUUUUCUAGUCAGUGAGGAGACUGGUGAGACUGAGGACAUUUCCCCCCUCAGUCCCACCCCAUUGUUUGUCCACUAGGAAAAUAUAAUCAUGAACUGAAUGACCACAGAAUCUGUUAUUCCUCCGUUGGGGCGAUAUUGAUAUACACUUAUUUUGUUUGUGGAAUUAUUUCUAAUUUUCUGUUAUUUUGCUGUUCUGUGGGUGAGCAAGUGUUCAAAUAAAGACCACUCCCUCCUUUUAGUGAACAUGUCUGACUCAGUGAGCAGCUCAACUCGAUUAUUCAUAAACUUCUGCAAGAAAUGUUUUGGCUGUUUGGCAAGACAUGACAAGUUGGGUGAAUCAGAAAUGGACUAGACACCUAGGCUAUCAAUCUGUCAAUUUGGAUUGAAGUUUGAUUGGAUUGACAGACAGGGAUGUGGAAUAUAAACCAUAAGUGGAGAAGAGUUGAUUUAUACAAUGAUGUAGGUCAGAUGGUGUACCACUGUACCAAGAAUUGCUGUGGUAAGAAUGUAUGUCCACGAUAUAGAGAAGGGUUGAACAACAUGUACUGGUUAGGGGAUUGUAGGGACCAGCCAGGCUGUUCCACCUUUUCUUGUAGGCUCUGUCUAGGUUCUUUUCGUCACGAAAUCGAUGAUCUGUUCUUCAAUAUUCAACUCGAACUCAUGAAUUUAAUCUGAUGAAACAGGUUGAAUAGUAUUAAAUAUUCAGCUAAAAGAUUCUGAACAAAUAACAGCUGCCUCAUUUCCAUUUUUGUCUCUGAGUUGAAAGUCAAUUCAACAGCCCAUGGCCAAAUCCUGUUUUUAUGUAGCUUAGCACAAACUGAAAGGUUUAUUGCUGUGAUUUGCCCAGUCAGAAUUGUAAUACUGUAUUAAGCAUGGCAUUAGAUGUGCCUCAGCCAAAUGCUGAGAGGGAGAAGAAGGCAGACCUUACAGGGAAGAAACAAUAGGGUGGCUUGGGGUUAAACACACCCCAGGGUUAAACUGUAAUCCUCACAGAAACCAUUGUCACCCCCCCACAAAAAAUGCAACCCUUUUCCUGGAUGCCACUAGUUUGUUUUUAUUGAAUAAAAAUGUGUUUGCCUUCAAAAUGUGUUUGCCAUAAUCAAGGAUUGCCAGUUUGCUGGCACAAAUGGAAUUGCAUCAAAUACAUGUAAACCUUGUAUUUGAAUCCAUUCUGCUUCACCCAUUACCCCCAAUUAAGGUGCUACCAACCUCCUGUGCUGUACUGGGAUAUGGGGAAAUGAGAGGGAGAAGUACAAAUAAGACCCAAUCCUCUGGAAAAUACCAAGACAGACAUAAUGUUUCUGGUGAAAAAGUGUUGGAGUUUGAUGGACAGGAUUGUCCUUUCACUAAGCGCUCCAAAUGUUAAUGUCAGACAAAAAUAUAGGCCUCAAAUUCAAAGCACUUUUGAACAAUGUGGUCUAGUGGGGAAUUUGUCUGAAAUUAGAACUGAAUUGAAUGUGCUGACAAUUUAUACAGUCCACUUAUGUUUUCAAAUCCAGUGAAUACCCACUCAUCCAAACCAAUUACUGUAGGUUAGGUUAGCUUGCAAUUCUGUAAGAUCAAUGGAUGGCAAAAGACACAUGGCAAUGUUGUAGACACACACACACUGAUGUAUCCUAUAGGGAAUUCAUUGUACUAUACUUUGCUAUGCACAGUCUUGAGAACAUCAUGUACAAUGGAUUCACAGUCUGCCUAAAAUGAAAGGCCACAAGAACUAAAAGAUUUUGCAAUGUAUCUGAGCUCUCAUUUUAAGUGGCCUCAUUACCUAUGCUACACUAAUAGAUAAUCUAAUGUUUCUAGUGAAUAGUUCAAUGUGGUCAUUUGCAUGAUAGUGGAACAUUACAUUUGCCCUCUGUUCCUCCAAAUUUUCAGUUGGAAUAUCUACUGUCGGUUUCUUCAAGUUACACUAAUAUUGGUAUUUCUCAUCUUCUCUCGCUCUGCCACUUAUUUGUCAUUCUUUCCUCCAUCUCUUUGUGUGUGGACAUGCUUCAUUAUACAGUUACUCCAUUUGCUGCACGUGAUGACAGCAUUACAUUUGUUUUAUUGUUAUGCAAAAAAAAAAUGUUAAUUGUAUGGGAAUGAUAAUGAAGAAUUUAACGCGCAAUACAGUUGGCUACAUGAUUUUGAUUAUCUGAUUUAUCUUCAAAAACUUCCCGUCAUUUGGUGGUAUUGUCUUAAGUAGACAAUAUUAUUUCAGUCGUAAGCAGAGGCACUUUGAGGAGAACCAGCUAAAACGUAUCAGUUAAAUUCGUGCGGCAAACCACGGUUUUCUCAGCAGCAACGGAAGAUGUAACUUUGUUUCAAAUUGGGUUUAUGCGGAUGCAUUUCGGGUCUAGACGCGUUAUCCCUUUAUCCAUAGCAGCGCUUCAAUUUCGGAAAAUAUUACAAAGAAACAGAAGUAAUGUUCUUUGACUACUAACGUUAAUAUCGCUAUGUUGUCUCUCACUUCAAAUACAUGUGUUUGUGUAAUCCACCUGCGGUUGUGUAGGUUUUCUAAUCGUACCAGGACAAUGCGCACAACCCAUGAAGAUUUAAAAUAAUUGAGGACUUUCUUUAUAAAGAUGACCACAGAACGUGUAUGUGUUUCCAUUGGAGUGCUUCUGUUUGCCUUUUUGUCUUUCUCCAUUGUUCAAGGUCACACCACCAACCGACCGAGUAUGAACCCAGCGGAGGGCAGUGGUGCUGGUUUCAACGUGGGGGGUCUGAAGUCUGUCCUGCAGAACGCCGUGUCCCCAGCCUUCGGCGCCACCAUCAUCAUCAUCAUCACUGUUAUCGUGUCAGGGAGCGCCUACCUCUGUUUCCUCAAGUACAUCUGUGCAGGCUGCUGCAAACCCACACAGGUGGCCCCGGUCACACACCUGGACCCAAACAAGAGUGAGGAGCAGGUGUAGCGGAGUCUGUCAAGUUUCAAGUUUUUAUUGUCACGUGUACUAGAACAAUGAAAUGCCUUUCUUGCUUGUCCUUUUCCAACAAUGCAGUAGUCAAUAUCAGUAAUACUAUGAAAUUAAUUGAAAAGUUAAGUAAGAACAGGAGAAAGUAAGUAAGCUAUAUACAGGGUCAGUUCCAGGGUCAGUGCCAAUACCAUUGACAAUGUGUAGGGCGGUGGCGACACAUCAUUCAGGGCAGAGCCCCAACUGUUUGGAGACACCCCAUUAAUAAGUGUCACAUAUCAGUUUACAAACAAUGUAAAAUAUAAAUAAUCAUUGAGUUAAUAAAGCUGCAUACCAA